GGAAUAGACAUCAAUAUAUGCUAUGGUAUAAAAGACGACGUAUGAGGUGGGUAUUUCUUCACUACGCUACUUCUUUCUUUCUUAACUAACGCGCCUCGACCUCGCUCAUAAUAUGCAAUUCAACAUUUUCAAACACCUCCUUGGCCUCCCAGGUGCUCGGGAACUGUCCAGUUUAUCUAACUCUGGCCAAGGAUACAUCCCUCGUGGCAAAGGGAAUACCAAUGGCCAAGGCUCUGCAGGAAGUGGAGAGAGUCAAGGAGGAUCGUCUGGCAAUGGAACCGGGAGCGGGGGACAUAUCACUACCACUAGCCAAGGCUCUGCGACAGCUGGAGGCCGAAGGCCCAGCAGAAGCGAGUAAACGUUGACGAGAGACCUUGAUGUCUUUACGCAUUUGAGCUGCCGUUUUAUCUUAUACCUGUCCACCGGUUGCCUUUUGCUAUCCCAUACUAGUAUUUCUUUACUUAAGUGAUGUAGUCUUUUCUUCACAGCGAGCAAGAGCUUCGUACUCUUCUCUCGAUUUGUGCUACUAGAUCUACUUACAUAUAAUUCUAUACUUAUGCUGAUACUUUAUCC